GUGCCUCUUCAGUUGGUGACCGGGGUUUGUGAGCGGUGGUGAGGCCUGCGCUGCUGGGUCGGGAUGGAGGCGUGAAGUGUGACGGGGCUUCGGAUCGGUAGAGCAUUGACAGCUUUGGUUUUCUAUUCACAGGAAGAUGCUGAAGCACGUGCAGGUGCGCUCUAGCUCGUCGCUGCUGCGGCCCGGCGGUCAGAAGGCUGACACGCUCAGCAUCAACUCCAACAUGAGCUUCUGCUCGCUGCAUGAGCCGGCGCUGUCGUCUCGCUCGUCUUCGUACACGUCUCUGAACGAGACGCAGAGCAGCACGGGCAGCGCCAGCGUGCCCGCCGCACCACCCACGACGACGGUAAAGGUGUACACGCGCUGUCUGCGCCCCGACCUCGAGUACAAGACGAUGAGCGUCAAGUACACAACCACCUGCCGAGACCUGGUGGACCAGCUGCUCAACAAGUACCGGAUGAAGCACCGCGACCCGAACCUCUUCUUCCUCACCAUGGAGGUCGCCACCAGGAGCACAGGUGCCGCCGUGCGGACCAUCCUGGUUCUGGACGACGACUCGUGUCCCGCUCAGCUGCAGGCCUGCUACCCGAGAGCCGACUCUAAGUUUACGGUACGGAUGAGGCGCGGUGGCCUGGUCAAGGUGUUCGACAGUGUCCUCAUGGCGGGGUCGAAGUACAAGAGCCUGCUGAUCUCUGAGCGCACCACUGUGGAUCAGGUCAUCCAGCUGGUCCUCAACUGCUACAACUCAAACGAGAACGUCAAUCACUUCAGCAUAUACGAGGUGUGUCACACGACGAGUUUCGAGCGCAAGCUGCACGCCGACGACCGUCCGCUGGCCAUCCAGCAGGAGUGGUCAUCUCCAGCCGAGUACAGCUUCGUGCUGAUGAAGCGGCCGCCGGGCACGCCGCGAUCAGGACGAGACUUCCCGCUCAGGAGAUCGUUCCUGCAAUGGAGUCGAAACCGAGGGAUGCUCCGGCCCAACAUUGAGACGGCCGCAGCAGAGGAGCGGAAGGCCAAGGGUCUCCGGUCGCUCUCACUUUCACUGGCUCCCUGCUCUGACUACGAUAAUUUCCUCUACAUCUGAGCCACACGAGCACUACGCGUGUGCAGCAUAUACCAAAGAAUGGUCUGCCAACAUGUGAUGGUUGACUUCACUCCGGCUCGUAUAAGCUCGGAUGCGUUAAUUCGGUUCUCAGUUCAAAACCGUCAGUUCAGCUUUGCAAGCUCAGCAGAUCGUAUAGCAAAGUGCAGGCACUUUGCUGCCUGCUAGCAAACGGACAAAGUGCAGGCACUUUACUGUUACUCUAUAGAGCUGAAGUGUUUUGUGUUUGAAUGUCCGACACCAAACGUGGUUGUUUGUUUGAUAUUGUUUCACAUUGUUGAUGUGACGUGCGUGUCAAGACGUUGUCGGCGUUGUAUUGUGGAGACGUGCGUGUUUAUUGAAUUAUUUUUAGCCAAAACAUGACUCUGCUUCGUACAUAGUGACGUCUUCCGGAUGAAGCCUACUGGUAGUCAACUACGCUAAUUUAAAACUUGACAUGAACUAUGAGUAUCGUUAUUAUUUAAAGCAGCCUGUCUGUGUGUGACUGAAUGUUCCUGCUAAAUUAUUUCAAUCUCCCGCCAUUCGUGUAGCAUCCUUUGUGUAGAUGGUUUAAUUUAUUUCUAGUCACUGUCGUUUGAGAGAUGUAAGUUAUUGUUGUUGUCGCUUUUUAAUAAAAGGACGUUUCGUUUAUU